GGCCCUGGCCCCGGCCCCGCCCCGGCGCGUUGGCAUCGCCCCGGUUCGCUGCCCGCCAGCGCCCGCUCCGUGGUGACCGCGGUGCCGCUGGCACAUGCGGAGUUUGGGUCCGAUCGGAACCGGCCGCCCCUGGUGCUGCUCCACGGGCUCUUCGGUAACCGUGGUAACUUCCAGACCGUGGCCAAGGCGCUGGUGCAGCGCGGCGCGGGCAAGGUGCUGACGCUGGAUGCUCGGAAUCACGGCGGCAGCCCCCAUAGCCCGCUGAUGACCUACGAAGCCAUGAGCCUGGAUGUGCAGCAGCUCCUGACCCGCCUGGGCAUCACCAAGUGCAUCCUGCUGGGACACAGCAUGGGGGGCAAGACGGCCAUGACGCUGGCCCUGCAGCAGCCAGACCUGGUGGAGCGCCUCAUCUCUGUAGACAUCAGUCCUGCCAUAACCACACCCGUCUCUGAGUUCUCUGCCUACAUCUCUGCCAUGAAGUCAGUGAAGAUCCCAGAUGGUCUCUCACGGUCUGCAGCUCGCCAGAUGGCUGAUGAUCAGCUGCGGUCAGUGGUCCAGCAUCCACAAGUGAGACAGUUCCUCCUCACCAACCUGGUGGAGGGAGGUCGCUGCGUCUGGAGGGUGAACCCUGGAGGCCAUUUCCCACCACUUGUCAGAUAUCAUGAACUUCCUGUCUUCCACAAGUCGUAUCCUGGCCCUGCCCUCUUCUUGGGAGGAUCCAACUCCCCCUAUAUCAGCUCCCAGGACUACCCCGAGAUCCAACGCCUCUUCCCCAAGGCAGAUGUGCAGUACAUCGAGGGUGCAGGCCACAUAGUCCAUCAGGAUAAAUUUGAGGAGUUCAUCACUGCUGUUGUAAAAUUUCUGGCACUGCCCUAGCCCUGGGGAGCAGGGUUUUUGUAAGAACCACGUGGGACCUGAGGAGUUCCAAGCAGUGACACAGGAAUUUGUGAGGAAUGGCUCAGCCUGGACUGGCUGGCUCCUGUGGAGUCUGAUCCUGUCUGUAUGGCCUUCUCCCACCCCGGGACUCCUGGAGCUGAGCACAGAGGGACCUCCACCCAGUUAAGCUCUCCCACCACCCUUGCAGUGGUGGGGCAGGAAUGUGGGGGUGGCACCAGCCAGGACACUUGCCUGUGGUGCUUUGUGCUGGAGGCUCUCAAGACACUCAGAGAGGCCAGGAGAGCCCUCUCUGCUUUCCUGCUGACUGAUCACCUGGCUUGCAGAUCUGGCUGUGACGUUCUAGAAUGUGCAAUAAAGCUGAAGUUGUGCCAAGG